CGAAGAUUGACACUGCGUCGAUCUACUGCUCGCGUGGAUUGCUAUUCAUCGAUUUGCUGGCUGCUGACUGCUGAUAGCUGUUACAGUAAUUCUUGUUGAAUGAGUUUGUUCGGAUUUGCCAUUCGUUCCUGCAGGAUCACUGCACCGAGCUUCUGCACCCGCAGCUUUCUGUUUGCUCCUCCAUCAAUGGUUCGAGCAGUGCCUCAUCUGGGCUUCCAAACCAUGUCUGCCAAACCAGCCCCCGAAUCCGUGGCCAAGGAGGCCGCAAAGGCCAUUCACGCACCGCGAGACCCCAAUACACUCUCCAACUACAGUGCUUGGCGGACGAAGCAUACGACCGCAGAUUUCAAUGUUGACUUCGACAACAAGCGUCUGACAGGGACUGUGCAUCUGACACUCGAGAAGCUUGCCGACGAGAAGCAGAUCAUCCUUGACACCAGCUACCUCGACAUUCAAGGCGUAGAUGUCGAAGGCGAUCAAGUGCGAUGGAAGCUCAACAAGGACCGGAUUGAGCCUUAUGGAAGCCCUCUAACAAUCACCCUGGAAGACAAACACAACAAGACGACAGGAUCCGAGAUCAAGCUUUCCAUCGGCGUCAACACAACCAAGGACUGCACAGCUCUACAGUGGCUCACUCCGGCUCAAACCAGCAACAAGAAGCACCCCUAUAUGUUCAGUCAGUGCCAAGCAAUUCACGCACGGUCCCUGAUACCAUGCCAGGACACGCCAGAUGUUAAGUCGACGUACACUUUCAAUAUUCGUUCCCCUCUGCCCGUGCUAGCGUCCGGCCUACCGACUGGCGUAAAGGAUUAUGUGCCAGGCAAGGACGGCAAGUCGGGUACACUUCUUUACACUUUUCAUCAACAGAUUCCGAUGCCAUCUUACCUCUUUGCCUUGGCCAGUGGUGACCUGGCUUCUGCUUCGAUUGGACCACGUUCGCAGGUGUGGACUGGGCCCGAGGAGCUGACCGCGGCACAGUGGGAGUUCGAAGCCGACACCGAGAAGUACAUCGAAAUUGCGGAGAAAAUCGUUUACCCCUAUGCAUGGACAGCAUACAACAUCCUGGUGUUGCCUCCUUCAUUCCCCUAUGGCGGAAUGGAGAAUCCAAUAUGGACGUAUGCAACACCCACAAUCGUAUCUGGAGACAGGCAAAAUGUGGAUGUCAUCGCUCACGAGUUGAGUCACUCCUGGUCCGGAAAUCUGGUUUCGAACGCCUCUUGGGAGCACUUUUGGCUUAACGAGGGUUGGACAACCUAUCUCGAGCGUCGUAUUCAAGCUGACUAUCACGGCGGCGACCAGCACCGAGACUUCUCUGCCAUUAUUGGUUGGAAGGCUUUGAGUGAUAGUAUUGAGCAAUUUGGCGAGGACCAUGAGUUCACGAAACUUGUGAUCGACCUCAAGGGCAAAGAUCCGGAUGAUGCAUUCUCCAGCAUCCCGUACGAAAAGGGAUUCACAUUUCUCUACACCCUCGAGAAGCUCAUUGGCAAGGAGAAAUGGGACAAAUUUAUCCCACACUACUUCACAACAUACAAGCAGCGCUCAGUCGACAGCUACGAAUUCAAGGCUACUCUGCUUGACUUCUUUGCGUCCGACGCAGAAGCCUCCAAGAAACUUGAAGAUCUCGAUUGGGACACAUGGUUCUACAAACCAGGGUAUCCGCCCAAGCCCGACUUCGACACAACUCUGGCAGAUCAAGCUCUUGCUCUGGCCUCCAAAUGGGAAGCACUCAACACUGGUUCUUCAUCAAGUUUCAAGCCCGCCAAGUCCGACAUCGCCGAUUUCUCUUCACUUCAGAGUGUCGUGUUCCUCGAGAAAGUGCAAACAUUCGACAAAUCACUCUCUCCGGCUCUCGUUGAAGAGAUGGGCCAAGCUUACCAAUUCAGUACCAGCAAGAAUGUUGAAGUUGUAUCGAGAUAUCUCGUUGUGGGACUGCAAGCCCACGCGAAGAGUGUAUUUGAGCCUACUGCGAAACUGCUGGGUGAGGUCGGAAGAAUGAAGUUUGUGAGACCAUUGUACAAGCAGUUGAUCAAGAACGAUUUGGACUUGGCGAAGAAGACGUUUGAGAAGAACAGGGAUUUUUAUCAUCCGAUCUGUAGGGGUAUGGUGGAGAAGUUGUUUGAGAAGGAGACGUGAUUGAACAUGAUGAAGGUUGAGUCAAUUAUGAGCGUGCGGCAUUGGUGACGGCAAAAGCUUCAAAUGGAUUAAAGACCGCAAUCAUGAAACUGUGGGGCCGUGACGGAAGCUGUGUUACACUCGCGCAUGCCGCUCCCCUGCUUGCUGAACUGCACGCUAUCGACGCGUGAGUGUAAUAUGACAUGUUUCAUGCUAAGGCUUCAAGAACUACAGUUGCUCUCCCGAAUGUAGGCCAGCCGCUAGCACUCAAGGUCCUUCGAUAGCGAUCCACCUGCCUAUGAAAGACUCGUAUUGAGUGGCAUCCCAAGCUCCCAACGUAGCGGUGAAU